UGUUCAUCGCUGUUUGUUCAUUUCUGUGUCAUGUCGCGCCAUCUGUCUCUGUUUUUGCGCUGCCGUCGCCGUCACCGCCAUCUCCUGCAUCACUAUUCUAGAUCUACAUUGCUAUUCCAGAUUUGUGCGGCUGCUGUACACCGGAGGAAGCGACACCGUGAAGACCUCCGUUGUAGCCGUGUGUCAUUGCUGUACAGCCGAGGAAGCAACGCUGUAAAGACCUCCGCUACUGCCGUGAAGACUUCCGUUUUCUGCCGUGAAGACUACACUGUGAAGGUACCUACACAAUUACAAGGUUGGGAGUGUGGAUACUAUGUUAUGAAGUUUAUGAGAGAAGUAAUCACACAACAAGAGUUGAUCAUUCCUGAAAAUUAUUUUGUUGGAGUAAGAUGUUCGUAUUUUACUAUGGAGCAAAUAGAAGAUUUAGUUGAAGAGUUGUCAGAAUAUAUUAUUGGCUGUUUGUGAUAGGAAGUUAGAUUUCAAUGUUAGAAAAAUAACAAUAGUUUCAUUUGUUAGGCUUGUUAGAAAUUAAACUAGG